CUGUAUCCACAGCUGUUCCACAAUAUCUGUCAAAAAAAUUGAAAACAAAUAAAAAAUACUUCUUUUUGCGUAUUUUCCACGUGCAAGUUAUUAGAUUUAUCUAAAAACAAAGAUUAAAAACAAUUAUUUAACAAAUUAUGGUUCAAAAAAAGAAACUAGGAGUCGGGCUUAGUCGUGAGGAGCGAACAGUCAUCGUAAUUGGUGAAAUCAUUCAAGAACUUCUUCAGGCUCAUUCGGACAAGAAAGAUGUGAACCUCAAUCGUAUGAAAUCCCGUCUUUCCUCCAAAUAUGGAUUGGAAAGUUCCCCUAGGUUGGUCGAUAUCAUUGCUGCUGUACCCCAGGAUGCUAAAAAGAUCCUUCUACCCAAAUUGAGAGCAAAGCCGAUUCGAACUGCUAGUGGUAUUGCCGUUGUAGCUGUGAUGUGCAAGCCCCAUCGUUGUCCACACAUUAAUAUGACAGGCAACAUCUGCGUCUAUUGUCCGGGUGGACCAGACAGUGAUUUCGAGUAUUCCACACAGAGUUACACAGGCUAUGAACCAACAUCGAUGAGAGCCAUCCGUGCCCGCUAUGAUCCAUUCUUGCAAACCCGUCAUCGCGUCGAACAACUCAAACAACUUGGACACUCGGUGGAUAAAGUGGAAUUCAUCGUGAUGGGUGGCACAUUCAUGUGUCUCCCAGAAGAGUAUCGGGAUUAUUUUAUUCGAAAUCUUCAUGAUGCUCUAUCGGGUCAUGCCAGCGCAAGUGUAGCCGAAGCUGUAAAGUACUCGGAAAAAUCACGCACUAAAUGUAUUGGCAUAACCAUUGAAACACGUCCCGAUUACUGUCUGAAGAGACAUCUCUCUGAUAUGUUGUCGUAUGGUUGCACUCGUCUGGAAAUUGGUGUCCAAUCGGUGUAUGAAGAUGUCGCUCGUGAUACGAAUCGUGGACACACUGUGCGUGCGGUUUGUGAGAGUUUCCAACUUGGAAAAGAUUCUGGUUAUAAGAUUGUGGCUCAUAUGAUGCCCGAUUUGCCUAAUGUCGACUUCGAGAGGGAUAUUGAACAAUUUAUUGAAUUCUUUGAGAACCCAGCUUUUCGCGCUGACGGAUUAAAGAUCUAUCCAACUCUGGUUAUCCGUGGCACCGGACUUUAUGAACUCUGGAAGACUGGACGCUACAAGAGCUACCCUCCUUCAAUGCUGGUAGAUUUGGUAGCCAAAAUUCUCGCUCUAGUUCCACCAUGGACAAGAGUCUACAGAGUUCAGCGAGAUAUCCCGAUGCCGCUGGUCAGUUCCGGUGUUGAACAUGGCAAUCUUCGUGAACUGGCUUUGGCUCGUAUGAAGGAUCUUGGCACCGAUUGCCGUGAUGUGCGCACUCGAGAAGUUGGAAUUCAAGAAAUCCACAAUAAAGUUCGUCCCUAUGAAGUCGAAUUAAUCCGCAGAGACUACGUUGCCAACGGUGGAUGGGAGACUUUCUUGUCCUAUGAAGACCCCGAACAGGAUAUUCUGGUGGGAUUGCUGCGUUUGCGUAAAUGUUCUGCAGAAUCUUUUAGACCAGAACUCAAGGAAAAAUCAUCGAUUGUACGUGAACUUCAUGUUUAUGGUUCUGUUGUUCCAGUAAACGCAAGAGAUCCAACCAAGUUCCAACACCAGGGAUUUGGUAUGCUGUUAAUGGAAGAAGCUGAAAGAAUAGCUUUGGAAGAACAUGGAAGCACAAAACUUGCUGUCAUCUCUGGAGUAGGGACAAGGAACUACUAUCGUAAGCUGGGCUACGAACUCGAUGGACCUUACAUGUCAAAGAAGCUUGUUGCAAUUUAAAACAAUAAAAUAAAACAACAAGAAUCGUGUAAA